ACCACCUACCACCAACCUUCCCCCAAACCCAAAUCCACACUCUCUCGGAGCCACACAUAUCAGCGACUCGACUGCAAGCUUCACACCAUCCGCAAUCAUGUCUUUCGGUGGCCAGACCCCGACUAUUAUUGUGCUAAAAGAGGGUACCGACUCCUCACAAGGAAAAGGCCAAAUAAUCUCGAAUAUAAACGCCUGUCUCGCCGUCCAAGCCACCAUUCGAAGUACCCUCGGCCCCUACGGCGGCGACCUCCUACUCGUCGACGCCAACGGCCGGCAAACGAUCACCAACGACGGCGCGACCGUCAUGAAGCUGCUCGACAUCGUGCACCCCGCUGCGCGGAUCCUGACCGACAUCGCGCGAUCGCAGGACGCGGAGGUGGGCGACGGGACGACGUCGGUGGUGGUGCUCGCGGGCGAGAUCUUGAAGGAGAUCAAGGAUCAUGUGGAGCAGGGGGUCAGCUCGCAGACGAUUAUUAAGGGGUUGAGGAGGGCGUCCGCCAUGGCGGUUAAUAAGGUGCGGGAGAUUGCUGUUAAUACGAGUGAGGGGAAUCAGAGGGAGACGUUGGUUAAGUUGGCGGGGACGGCGAUGAGUAGCAAGUUGAUCAAGAGGAAUACGGGGUUCUUUACCAAGAUGGUGGUUGAUGCUGUUCUUUCUCUUGAUCAAGAUGAUCUCAAUGAGAAGCUUAUUGGUGUCAAGAAGAUUCCUGGAGGCUCACUUACCGAUUCUCUGUUCGUUAAUGGUGUUGCGUUCAAGAAGACCUUUUCUUAUGCUGGUUUCGAGCAACAACCUAAAUCCUUCAAGAACCCUAAGAUCGUCUGCCUGAACGUCGAGCUCGAGCUCAAAUCCGAGAAAGACAACGCUGAAGUACGAGUGGAGCAAGUUUCGGAAUACCAAGCUAUUGUCGAUGCGGAAUGGCAGAUUAUCUACAACAAGAUGGAAGCUCUGUACAAGACUGGUGCGAAGGUUGUCCUUUCGAAACUCCCCAUUGGUGAUUUAGCGACACAAUACUUUGCAGACAGAGACAUCUUCUGUGCUGGUCGUGUUGCAUCUGAUGAUCUCGACCGAGUCAUCCAAGCUACAGGUGGUUCUAUCCAAUCUACUUGCUCGGACAUUCACCCUGAACAUCUUGGAACCUGUGGUAGAUUCGAAGAGAAGCAAAUUGGUGGUGAACGCUUCAACUUCUUCGAGGACUGCCCUCAAGCCAAGACUUGCACGUUAGUGCUUCGCGGUGGUGCAGAGCAGUUUAUUGCGGAAGUCGAACGAUCCCUCCACGAUGCCAUCAUGAUUGUCAAGCGAGCUAUCAAGAACAACACUAUUGUCGCUGGUGGCGGAGCAUGCGAGAUGGAAGUCUCAGCCUACCUUCACCGAUACGCAGACAAGAACGUCCCACACAAGCAGCAAGCGAUCAUCAAAUCGUUCGCCAAAGCUCUCGAAGUUAUUCCCCGUCAACUCUGCGACAACGCCGGUUUCGACGCGACUGAUAUUCUGAACAAGCUACGAGUGGAACAUAGAAAGGGAAAUACAUGGGCAGGAGUUGAUUUUGACAACGAGGGCGUGCGGGAUAAUCUCGAGGCUUUCGUUUGGGAGCCUGCGUUGGUAAAGAUCAAUGCUAUCCAAGCCGCAACUGAGGCGAGUUGUUUGAUCCUGAGCGUUGAUGAGACGAUCAAGAAUGAGGAGAGUGCGGCUCCCCAGGCCCCGCAACGAGGUCUUCCACCGGGAGCGGCGCAGAGAGCAUUGAGGGGUAGAGGAAGGGGGAUGCCGAGACGGUAGAGAGUGGUGGGUGGAGUGUCAGAUGAUGUAUGAUAUUAUACAUGAGUAAAAUGACGAAUAUUAGAGUUUUGAGAGCGAG